UAACGUAAGACCGCAGCUUCCGAUGACGCUUUGCAAACGAAAAGGCUAAUACAAUUAGGGCGGGAGCACAGGUACCAAAAGUGAUGACGCACGAACGCAGGUUCCUAUGACGUUAUCAUAAGCGGAGGUACAGAACACGAAAAUUGAUGACAUUGGAGCGCAGAUUCCGGUAACGCCUACAGAGGGGAGGUCCGGGGCCGUUGGCGGUUGGGCAGCGUGAUGGCGGCGGCCCCGGGCCCGGGAGGGGACGACGGCGAUGGCGAAGCCGAUGUGUUCGAGUCGAGGACCCAUUGCCUGGAGCUGUCGCGCCGCCAGAACGAGCAGAGGAAGCGCGGCUUGUUCUGUGACCUAACCCUGUCGGUGGGAGGCCGCGAGUUCCGCGCGCACCGCUCGGUACUGGCCGCCGCCACCGAGUACUUCGAGCCGCUGCUGGGCGGCAACUUCGAGGAGUCCCGCUCCGAGCGUGUGGAGAUGCGCAAGUGGAGCACGGAGCCCGGGCCUGACCCCGACACCGUUGAAGGCGUCCUCCAGUUUAUGUACACGGGCUCCAUCCGCGUGUGCACCGGGACCGUCCAUGAGGUCUUGGAGCUGGCCGACAGGUUCCUCUUGCUGCAGCUGAAGGAAUUCUGUGGGGAGUUUCUAAAGAAAAAGCUGAAUCUCACCAACUGUGUGGCAGUUCACAGUUUGGCCCACAUGUACUCCCUGGACCAGCUGGCUUUGAAGGCCGCAGACAUGAUCCGCAGGGACUUCUCCAAGGUGGUGCAGGAUGAUGAGUUCUACACACUGCCUUUUCACCUGGUCAGGGACUGGCUGUCAGACUCUGAAAUCACAGUGGAUUCUGAGGAAGUUCUUUUUGAGGCUGUGGUGAAGUGGGUGCAACGGAACCCAGAGGAGAGGGAAAAGCACUUUGAGGAGCUAUUUCAGCUAUUGCGUUUGCCUCAGAUGAAGCCCACAUAUCUAACCCGAAUCAUCAAAUCUGAGCGGCUUGUGGCUGAUAAUGCCAGCUGCCUCAGACUUGUUUCAGAAGCAGUUGAAGGUCAUGCAUUGAGGUCGGAAAAUCUUCAGCCUGCCAACCUGGAGAACUGGGCAUCCCAGGUUGUGUCAUUCCAGCCUCGUUUCGGACAGAACAUGGACAUCAUCAUGGUAGUGGGUGGUGUGUCGGAGGGUGGAGAUUAUCUGAGUGAAUGUGUAGGCUAUUUCAUUGAUGAAGAUCGAUGGGUGAAUCUUCCACACAUUCACAACCACCUGGACGGCCAUGCUAUGGCCAUCACAGAUUCUCACGUGUAUGUGGCCGGCUCCAUGGAACCCGGAUUUGCAAAGACAGUGGAGAGAUACAGUCCAAACAGAAACAGCUGGGAGCAGGUUAACAACCUGAUCACAAGAAAGCAUUCCUUUGGGCUGUCAGCAGUUAAGCAGAAUUUGUACAGUAUUGGGGGACAUGGGAACUUUAGCCCAGGGUUCAAAGAUGUUGACGUAUAUGAACCUGAUCAGGAUAGAUGGCACCACUUGGAAUCAGCUCCCAAAAUAUUACGUGAUGUUAAAGCUAUCAGUGUGGAAGAUCGUUUUGUGUACAUCACUGCUCGCACCCCUGUGGACACCGAUAAUGAAGAUGGAUUGGAGACUAUAAAUGCAAAGUAUGAUACUGACACAAGGCAGUGGCAAGACGUAGAAUCUCUGCCACUGCUUGAUAACUACUGUGCCUUCCAGAUGGCUAUUGCAACAACAAAUUUUUACCACACAGCUUCAUGCUGCCCCAAAUGUUACCCUGUAACAGAUAGUGAAGCAAAACAGAAAAUCUCUAACAUGACAGCAGAUGAAAUCUUGGAGAGCUUGCCCCCCGAAGUGUUGAGUAUUGAGGGAGCGGCGAUUUGCUACUUCCGUGAUGAUGUAUUCAUAAUUGGUGGCUGGAAGAACAGUGAUGACAUGGACAAACAGUAUCGGAAGGAGGCAUACCGUUAUUGCUCAGAGAGGAAACGCUGGAUGCUGCUGCCUCCCAUGCCCCAACCACGAUGCCGGGCAACUGCUUGCCAUGUGAGGAUACCUUACAGGUACCUGCAUGGAGUUCAGAGAUACCCAAUGCCACAGAACCUAGCCAGACAGCGAGAGCGGUUGCAGCAGAUGCAGCAGUUACAUCGACGUUCGCUAAGCCUCAGGCGGCAGCUGCAACCUCAAGUCGAAUGUUAACCAGAAGCACUUCUGGAGGUGAGGGUUGGCUGAGGAACCCUCUCAAUCCUCCCCCCAAUGAACAUUCCAAGUCCGACUCCACAACUAAAUAUAAUUUGGAGGACAGUGCUUAUUAGAAAUCCUGACCCUCCAAAUAUUAAUCUGUUAUAACAGUUGAAAGUGGAGCCAGUUUACUAGGGCAGAUCAUAAUCUUCACACUCCACUGAUCAAUAAUGGAAAUAAGCUUUGGCGUCACACCCAAAUGGGUAGAAUCAGUCAUCAAAUGAGACUUGAGCUUGUUACAUUUUUCUUUUGCAUUAUCUCACUUUCUCCAUCCACCUAUCUUUGGGUGAUACUGUGCAACAAGAGAAAUGUCCUAAGAGCUAUGGAGUUAAACCAUUGCAGGCUGAUGCACUGCAUCCAAGUUCCUGGAUUUCUCUUUCAGAGGUGUUGCCUUUUUUACAUCACACUCAGUCCCCAGCCAAGUAGUGGAUUGAGUACCAUGUAUUUCAAAAUAAUGUCUUGCCUUGUUGUAUAUGUAACCUUGCUUUGUUUUUUUUUUACUUUCUCCUUCAACCCUUGUUGGGACCAAAUUUUACUACUUAUUCCUUUAACCUGACAUUUACUUAAGUGUGCAAAAAUAAUCAAACGUCUUUGUUAGGGAAUGGGAGGGAAGUUGAUCUGUUGAGAGAUAUUAGUUUCCAGGUGCCACUUGAUCAUGUGGACAUCCCCAUUACUAUUAAUUCCUCUGUGGUUGCAACAGCUUAUAUCUGUUUUGGCCAAAAACUAUAAUUAUGGAGGACUAGGCGGCCAGUCUAGUGCAUGAUGUCUGGGAGCACAGAGCACCAAUCCAUGGAGGAAUCUAAAACUUGCGUGGGGAACAGUAAGAGAAAAGUUGUUGGAUCUAAACUUAAUUCAGAUAGCAGAACUGACAAUUUGCCCUGAGUUUUCCAAUCAUGACCUAUUAAACAGAAUGCUCAAUAAUUGGAAAACUUAAGCUAGGUACCAACCAGCAUAGAAUUCCCUCAGCACUUUGGUUGUUGCAGAAAGCACUUUAAACUGAUGUUUGUUAAUUUGAUGCACAUAGUGAGCACCAUGCUUUCAUACUAUAUUACCAUCAAACCUCCUUGAGGUAAUUUCCAUUUUAAACAACCAUUUAAAAGUACUUACCAUUAUGUCAAGCUGUACUUUUUAUUUUUGUGUGACAGAUCAGUCAGUACUGAUUCACUGUUCCAGGAAUCUGCUACCUAGCUUUCUGGGGUUUGAUUACACCUCAUUUUUGGUUUACACAUUGGGCUGUACAGGGAUAAGCUUGGCUUUCUAUUAAAGGGCCCAGCGGAAUUACAAUCAAAUAGUUUUUGCUUGGACAGGGUACCUAAGUGAUUGCCCAUGAAUGAUUAUUUAUGGACCCUUGUGUCUUUUCUGUUUCUCAUUACUUCCUUAAGUGCAUCAUAGUUUUGAGUUAUGGUCAGAUCUGUUUAUGUAUAUAUGCAUAUACUGUUUUGGAUUCGGUAGUAUUCGUGUGUAACAUUUCAUUCAGCUCUUGUACCCUUUUCUAACUGAUCAAAACUGUGCAGACAUCUGAACUCAUGAGCUGUUGGAGAUGAAACCUUAUUCUCCAUACUUUUCCUUGCUCUGUAUGAUGGACAAGGAGAAAUGUCUGUCCGACCAACUGAUGUGCCGCCUUUUUAAGUACCUUGCUCUGGACAGUUAUUGUAGUUAAUCAUCCAGAAGCAAUUGAAAUACAAGGAUUUUAAAUAGUUCCUUAUCAUAUAAUUUAGUUUCUAAGGCAUAAUGAGAACCAGUGUAUGGAGUAUAGCUUUUAGUUGCAGUCUCUAACUUUGUGCAGUCACCUUGUGUUUUGUGUAUGUGUGUACGUGUGCUGUAUAUCAAUGUACUGAUUUGCACAACCAUUGGGUUCUGAGAUGUUUUCCUGUAUAGUUUAUGUUUUCAAAUCUUUUUGUGAAACUAUCCUCAAAGGAAGGAAAGUCUUAAAUUUAAACUAGCCAGCAUAAUUUCUGUAUCAGAAGUCAGUUUAUUUUAAAUGUAAAUGGUUCAAGUGAAUUAAUUCGUAUUUUGUAAACGUAUUUAUAUGGUGACUUGGCAAAGAAGUGUUAACGUGCCUUUGUUUUGUGGACAUGGGCCAUUCUUUCAUCAGUCUGGCGGAUGUUUCAGGGGAGUAUGUCCUGCUGGUGGCACAUUCCUUGCUCAUUUCCCUAUUUUCCUCAGUGAAUCUGUUACAAACUCAUUGCAAUAUGUGAUUGGUGAUGACCUAAUGUUUGUUCAUAGCAACUGGUUUUCAAAACUGAAGGUUUCUUGUGCUGCACCACUCUUCCUUUUUGGUGAGAGCCUUGGGCCUUUUGUAGCAGUGUAUCACUGAAAGCAAAACAAAAUCAGAAUUUACUGGAAAAACUCAGCAGGUCUGACAGCAACUGCCAAGGCAAAGCAGAGUUAAUGUUUCGAGUCUAGUGACCCUUAUUCAGAACAAGUGUUCUAAAGAAGAAUCACUGGACUUGAGAUGUUAACUCUGCUUUCUGUCCACAGGUGUUGCCAGACUUGCCGAGUUUUUCCAGCAAUUUCUGAUUUUGUUUCUCAUUUCCAGAAACUGCAAUUCUUUUUAGUUUUUUGUUUGAACACUAAAAGUGGGCUGACACGAAGCAACCAGGUUUCAAGCUGCUAGUAUUUCAAUGUUCCAAUUAUAAAUUGAAUAAGGACCAUCCGUAUUCACCAGCAGUCACAAUCCGAGACAUGAUCAGCCCAUGUGCCUGUUUUAGGGUAGGACUAGACUUUAGCAUUGUGAUAUAUUUGGUUUGUCUGAUACUGGAAAUCUGAACUAGCCACUUUCACUGCUAGUGGCUUGCCUGCAUCCACAGAAUGCUCGCCACAUUUAUGGAUCAGUUUGAAAGGACAGGUUCUGUAAUUACACUGCUCAGCCGAUAAGCAAUUGCUCAGAAAAUAUUAAAAAAAUUCAUGUGCCAUACCUUAUACUUAACUGAAAACCUUGAUCUCUUUGGCAGUUUUAUGCAGUUUUAAUUUGAGAGAUCCUGAACUUGGAUCUCUGCCUUCUUGCAGUAACACGUUUGUAUCAUCAGAGAGGCAUAUAAAGCCAUCCAGAGAUAAUGGUUGAGGGCGUGUAAUUCAGAUAGUUUCACUCACUGAAAUGUGGCCUGUUGGAUGGUAAAUUUUUGCCCUUAGAAAUACAAGAGCAUUGUUCACACAACUGAUUAAAGUCAAAUGUUCUGACUCUGUCAACCGGACUUGUGCUGUGCAAAGGUAAGGUUGUGAGGCAAAGGAGAAAGACACCAACUGCAUUUGCCCAACCUCAGUAAUCAUUGUUUUAUGUGGUAUGAGGCUGUGGUAUCAUUGUUUUACUGAAAUUCUCUGUGCUAAUAAGAUGUUUUAUUUUUAGAUUCAAUACAGGCAGUGUCACGAGCAACGGUAAGUGAUACAUCAGCAUGGUUUAACAGGAGAGGUGUUUUGCCUGAUUAAGCAUGGGGCACUAAACACAAUGGACAUGUUGUGAUGUACCUCACUUUAUUAUCCCAAAUGAAGUUCAAGCUGUAGUAAGAAUAUGUUUCCCUCAGGUGUGACCUUUAGCAUGAAACUUCGCUUCUUGCAAACAGUCCAGUGUGGUGGCCUUUGUCAUUUAUUACAAUCACAUUGUAUUGUGACAUGGAUUUGAAAAAAAUCUUGAUUUUUAAUGUCUUUCACAUCUCAGAAAUGCCUCAAAGCAUUUCAUGUUCAAAUUUGGAAAGAAUUUUAAUUGUUUUGUUGAAAAGGUGCUGUCAUGGAGUGUACUGCAAGAUCCCAACAACAAGCAUCAAUUGAAAGGCCAGCUCAUUGGUGAUCAAAACCAUGCUGCCCUUGAUUUUAAUGCCCUUUGGCGUUGGAAACCUUGGGUAUCACCGUAUUAGGAGUGAGCAUCACAUAAAUUGUUAGCUGUCCUGAUUUGAUGCAACUCUAGAUACUGCUCCAGAUGCUCCUCCAAUGUCUUUGAUGGUUAACAUCAAUAAAGUAUGGUAACGGUCAGCUAAUGGCCCCAAAUUGUGAAAACUCUUGGUAUUUGGUAUUUUAUACAUUCCUAUGAUCUUGUGUGCAAGUUAACCCAGCAGGGGUAGAUCCACUCUUCUUACAUGCAAAAUAAUGAGAUAGACUGAACCUGGCCUGAGCUAGUGAGAAUAUUAGAAUGACCCUUUUUAAAUUCCUAAAUAAUUUACCUCUGUUAAUAUGCAUAUUACUAUUGAAUCUUUGGAUAUUUUAACAAUGACGUUUUCUCUACAUUCACUCUUAAUUUGGUGCUCUAUGGGCUGCCUCUCUGGACAGUUUUUGUUUAAUGUGCUUUUAAAUUUAUCAAUAAGCAACAAAACACUUAAUAUGGAUAUGCAUGCUGCUAGUAUUUCCCAUUUUGCUGUUCUGAAGUGCACAAUUACCAGAGCCAGUACUUGGUAUGUAUGUUGGGAGAGGGGACAGUGUGAUGGCUACCAGUUAUGUUUGGCUGACUGCAAUUUCCAGCAGAAACCAAUUUCUUUCAUUAGUUUAUUGAUUUUCUUUUUCCUUUGCAGAUCUGUACUUUCUUAAAAAUGGUUUUUGUUACUCAACCCUUUCUUGCUUAUUUAACCCCCAUCAUUUGUCAAAAACGUGUUCGAGAAUGAGCCAAGAUGCACAUAAUUUCAAGCAGAUAUCACUACCUAUGUUUGUGUGUGUGUUUAUGAAUGAGCAAGCUGUCUAGGACUUUUUUUCUCCCUCUCCCUAAGGAUAAGGAGUGUUUUGUAGUGAGAGAAGACUGAGGUAAGGAAAGAGUCUGAAUUCUGACGCAUGUUGUAGUUUGAAUGAAGAGCAAUGUGCUAUCUAGUAUUCAGGCAUAAGUCCAUUCCACUUUACCUUCAGCAUUGUUCCUGUUGCCUUUUUUUAAAAAAAAAGUUUUGCCUAAAUAAAGAGGAUUUGUUUUCCCCCAACACUUUGAUUGCACUUGUGCAGCUAGCUGGGCAUAGUGUGAUUUUGACUUGCAUUGAACAGGAGAUGGUGAACAAGUAUCUUUCAGAUAGCAGAGUAUGCAUUUGCCUGCCUGACAUCAGUUGGAAUACUAACCAGCAAGGUUGUCAGGACUUAAUUUGGUGUAAUGUGUGUAUGCAUGUGUAGCAAUGUGAUACUCACCCACUCUUGUUUUUCUAAAAUAUAAUACAGUAGCUUGUUAAUAAAAGAAGAGUUUAAGUUUAC